AUGAAGCAUGAUAAUCAAGAUGUCUAUAAAAGCACUGCAUACUGGAUUCUUCAAGGGAACAAUCUCUAUGAAGCUUUGUAUGACAUCUUCCACAUUAGCAUGUAUAUAGAAUAUGGGCACCAUAUGACAUCAGAUACAAAGUUGGGCAAUCAUUCUAAUACUAGACACUCUUCUGAAGAUCUUCAUAUAUGA